AUGCUGGCUCGAGUCCUAAUUCCAGCAGAGAGCAGCAGCUGGGGUCCUUGCAGAUACUUGGGCUACGGAGGCAGUCCCGGACGCGCUCUAGCUGUCGCCAAAGUUGUGCUGCAACGGCUGCCCAAGGCAGCUCUGCUCGAGGUUCACUGUCCCGCUCGUGAGGCUUCCGCUCUGCAGCGCUUGGCUUCGGAGGAGCCUCAACUCCGACUCCCGCCCCAGGGCAGAGGUAGCACGUUUUUGCACAGCCUCGUCACCAGUGCACAGGAGGAGUCCCAACUUCCCCUCCGGGGAGUUUUGUUGGACCUGCGGGGUCUGGUCUUGCCGACUUGGUCUGUUGCGUGGCUGCGCAAAGCAACGCAGCAGGAGCUCGCCAAACUCUUCCAACAGCAUGGAGAGCAAGAGGACGACUUGCUGUGGGCACGGUUCGCGCAGGUGUUGGAAGUGCAGAAGCAGGCGCGCGGAUUGCAGGCCAACUCAGACGUUGCAGGCCUCUUCCGCAGCGCCGCAGAGCUGCUCAAAGAUCCCGCCGGGCCGGCGCCGGACGGAGCGCUGAAUGCCCUGCGAGCUGCCCUCCGGAAGGAGCAGGCAGUCGUGCAAGAUGGACUGCGGGUGGUUUUACACCACUUGGAGGUCGGGGCUCGCUGCGUGUUGCUGUCGGACCGCCGCGACUUCUGCGUCGGCAUCCGCCGGUUUCUGCGAGAAAACGAGGAUGUCGACGAAGAUCUUGUUGCGGACUGGAGGCCACACAAGGUGGCGUCCCUCUUUCCGCUAAGCCAGAAUGCAGAGCAGCCAUGGUGCGUGGCAGAGGUCACACACUCGGCGGUGGAUCCGAUGUCAGCCGCUGCGAAUCUGGCUGCUAAGGAGGUCUUCGUGAUAGAGAAGCGGCUGCUCGGUCCCCGGAAGCUUCUCACAGCAUCCUGGGUUCCAAUUUGA